AUGGCUAAUAGUAACAGGACAAUGAUGAAUAGAACAAUUCUGCAUGAUCUCUAUGAGAAGCACAGAAAGAGUCCUUACUAUGACAAUCUCUGUCGCCCUGUUUCAGAUUUGCUUCCAUUGAUUGCCUCUGGAAUCAGAGGUGUCACUUCCAAUCCCGCGAUUUUUGAAAGAGCUAUAUUAUCCUCAAAUGCUUACGAUGAGCAGUUUAGGGAGUUGAUAGAGGCAGGGAAAGACAUUGAAAAUGCUUAUUGGGAAUUGGUUGUGAAGGAUAUACAGGAUACUUGCAAACUAAUGGAGCCAAUUUACAAUGAAACAGAUGCGUUAGAUGGGCAUGUAUCUGUUGCAGUUUCCCCCAAGCUUGCAAAUGAUACCGAAGGGACAAUAGAGGCAACAAAAUGGCUUCAUAAAAUGGUUGGAUGUCCAGGUGUUUACAUCAAAAUUCCUGCAACUGAUGAAUCCAUCCCUGCUAUAAAGGAGGUCAUUUCUCUGGGGAUAAGUGUAAAUGUCACUCUCAUAUUCUGUCUCCCUAGAUACGAGGAAGUAAUUAAUGCAUACUUGGAUGGCCUUGAAGCUGCUGACAUGACUGAUCUCUCUAAGUUAACAAGUGCAGCAGCUUUCUACAUCAGCAGAGUGGAUGUUACAAUUGACAAGAAACUUGAGCAAAUUGGUACCACUGAGGCUGUUGAUCUCAAAGGAAAGGCCGCGGUUGCUCAAGCAGUCUUAGCUUAUCAGCUUUACCAGAAAAAGUUUUCUGGUCCAAGAUGGGAGAGCCUAGAGAAGAGAGGUGCCAAGAAACAGAGGCUGAUGUGGGCCUCAACAAAUGUGAAAAAUCCUGCUUACCCUGACACCUUUUAUGUUGAUUCUCUUAUUGGACCAGAUACGAUUUCAACCAUGCCAGACCAAGCUCUUCAAGCAUUCAUGGACCAUGGCAUUCUUUCAAGAACCAUUGAUGCAAAAGUAUCAGAGGCCCAGGACAUUUACAAUGCAAUUGAGAAAUUGGGGAUUGAUUGGAGUUCUGUUGGAUCACAACUGGAACAUGAGGUGCUGGAUUCUUUCUCAAAAAGCUUUGACAAUGUGCUCGAAUGCUUGCAUAAGAAGGCUAAGACUAGAGAAUUCAUCAGACCAUAG